CACCCCUUCCCCCUCGGCCAGGCAUCUGAUGCCCAGGCUUUCAUCAGUAAGACGGCUGACAGAAUCCCGUGUUGGUUCGGGUUGGAUGGCGACAAGGGCGCAGCGGACAGUUAUUGUCGCAUGGCGUAGAGAAGCACCCGGCAGCUAAUGGUGCCAGGCACAAGGCGGUGCAGAAUGACCAACGCCCGAUCAGCGAUGCCGCGAUGGUUCUUGGAGAGUCGCGAGAGACAACCCUCCGGCUGCGAGACUGGGAGGCCGCCAGCUUCUACCUGUGUAGACAGAUUUCCAGGGCGACAGAUUACCUGAGGGUGUUAGUCAGCCUUUGUUAAAGCUAAACACCCCCUCCUUACGGAGGGGGCAAAAAAAGUCCUACUUUUUAUUAUAUUUUUACUAAAAGUAAGUAAUUAUUUAAAUAUAUUAUUAAUAAAUAUUAA